AUGCCACGGUUUAAGACCAGCGAUGUGGUCGACUCCGAGACGCAGCAAUGCACCUUUGCAGAUCUUUCCCUGUCUGCGCCCUUGCUGCAGGCUUUGCAGGAGAUGGGCUGUGAGCAUCCAUCGCCUGUGCAGCUGCGCACAAUCCCACAGGCACUGGCAGGAGGCGAUGUCAUUGUGCAGGCCAAGUCUGGCACAGGCAAGACAAUCGCUUUUUGCUCGGUAGUGCUGGAAGGCGUGAACACAUCUAGCUCAGGGACAUCACAGGCUAUCGUACUUGCACCCACCCGUGAGAUCGCCAUGCAGAUUGCUGACGAGUUACGCAGACUUGGAUGGUAUAUGGUGCCAGUCUUGGAUGUUGCCUGCUUCAUUGGGGGUGUGCCGGUGGAAGAAGAUGAGGAGAGGCUUGAGUCCAAGGGUGCGCCCCACAUUGCAGUUGGUACUCCCGGACGCAUGCUAAAGCUUCUCAGGGAGGGCUCUCUCCUGACAGAUGCGCGCUUCCUGGUGCUCGAUGAGGCAGACAAGCUGCUGGACACGAACUUCCGGCAAGACAUCACAGCAAUCACUGAGCUUGUCUUCACAAAGUCUCUCCAGUUCCUGGCAGUGUCUGCCACUUUUCCACCGCCGCUUGUUGCUCUUGCAGAAGAUCUUUUCGUGCAUGUGGAGAAGAAAAGGGCCACACGAGGGCAACCUGUGAUGCGAGACUUGCCUAACAAGGUCUUUCUGUGCACGUCAGCUGUAAAGAAGGACAAGGAUGGAUUGAACAUCAUAGACGGAGGUGGGGAAGAGCCUGGAGAUGUCGUCGAGACGGCUUUGCUCAAGGGAGUGCUGCACCUCCGCUACGUUCUACAAGGCUAUCACGUGAGGCAGAAGGUGCCUGCACUGUUGGAAGUCCUCACGACGGCAGCCUACCAACAGGCGUUUGUUUUCGUCGGAGAUUCCAACAACGCCAUCCAGAUUGCAGAGCUGCUGAACCAGGCUGGGGUCCCCGCAGCCGCCAGCACUGGCAAGCUGGACCAAGCGUGGCGGACACAGGCCUUCGCUGGACUCAAGCGCUUCCAGUAUCGAGUCCUCGUCUGCACGGACUUGAUGGCUCGUGGCAUUGACGCCGAGAAAGUUGAUGUAGUUGUAAACCUCGACCUGCCAGUGGAGAAGGAGACCUACUUGCAUCGGAGCGGCCGCACGGCCCGCUUUGGCUCUGUGGGCUGGAUGGUUUCACUAGUGUUUGAGGGAGAUGAGGCAGAGCAUUUGCACUUCUUCCAGAUGCAGCUUGGGUUUGAGCUUGCAGAGUAUGCGGAUCGGGAGGCAGCCAUCCAGUCAAGGCUUGAAGCCUUGAGCCUUCCUCAGGAUGCCCUGGGACCCAGCCAAAUUGAUGUUGAGCAGUUCCCGCAGCAGCCUUUCCCAACGCCUGGUGCACCAAGCAGUACAGGCCGGCUGAGCACGAUGGAAUUUCUCAUCUCUCAUCACUGCAAGUACGCGUGCUGA